GAGCCGGAACAGUUAUCUUGGCGGGAAUACUUGUUUACUUUAUUCACCAGAGAAAGAAAAAAAUGACUCCUUAGUUUCCUUGAUUAGUAGUAAAAUACUUUCCCCAAAUCGGUUAUAUAUCCUGGCUGUCUCUGGUGGUCCCGAUAUAGUCGCUCACGUCAACUACAAAAAAAGAGAGAACAGCGAUUAUGACGAAAAGUUGGCGAGGAAUUAUUGUCAAAAAUAUUCUCUACCAUAUGAAGUUUACCAAGUUAAAGGUUCGGAAUGCGACUUGAUUAGUAAUUUUCAGGACCGGGCUCGGCAAAUCCGCUAUAACUUUUUCCAAAAAUUAGCUGAUAAGCAUCUCACUAAGUAUAUAGUAGUAGCCCACCAUUUAGACGACCAUUUAGAAACUUAUUUACUCCAAAAGCAACGAAAAUCAUUAGUCGAAUAUUGA